GACGUAUUUCCUGUAUUGUCCUGCGACUGUCUGUCGCCAAACCCGCCCAAGUUCGAAAAAAUAUAUAAACAUGUCUGGGAGAAGAGCACUUUGCAAAGAUUCAAACGUGACAUAUGAAGUCACCGUCAACGACGAAGUUGAUGCCGACUCAACCAUCAUUAAGGACAACUCUAAACAAGGGAAGUUCGUAGAAGACGACGACGACGACAGCGACCCACCGGUCGUCUUUUUCUGCGGGAGUUGCAAGUUGCCUGUCGGUGACUCGUUGUCUUGGGCUGGGAGUGAGGACGAAAAAAAUCAAAUACUGCUGAACCGUGUCAGUGACAAUGUUUUGGUUGGCAAAGAAACUCACUUCUCCGGUACCUGUAAGAAGGAUCUAGGCUGCCUGAAAGUCCACCUGACCUGCCGUGGCUGCAGCUCUCUGCUUGGCAUGGUCUACAUCUCUACACCCAGGAAACUGGACCACAUGAGGUCUCUGUUCUGCCUCAAUGUGACUGCCAUAGAGAGCUAUGUCCUGGGGUCGUCCAGUCAGCAGGUGGCAGCAGUGAGCCCCAAGCAGCAGCCGGUCACUCUGGAGUACAGACAGGCUGUAGAGCGACAACUGGAUGAGAUUAAGGCGGUGACUCUGUCUAUGGGGCAGAGGUUGUUGGUGCUGGAGGGUGACCAGCAGAGUAAAAGUCAUAUGUGAUGAUGCAUCUUGACAGUGAUGGACCACACUACGUCAUGGGGUCUCACAUACACACAGUACUAAGUAACUCAACCCUCCCUCCCCAUUUCUACCUAAAUCCCACUUUGCCCUCUACCCCCCUCCUUUGUUAGUUCUGAUGGGGAACAAAGAGCCACAACCUGUUUGUUCCACAAGGUUUAAUCACAUCUAUCACAAUAAAUGGCACCCUAUUCCCUAUAUAGUGCACUACUUUAGACCAGAGCCCUAUCGAACCCUAUUCCCUAUAUAGUGCACUACUUUAGACCAGAGCCCUAUAGAACCCUAUUCCCUAUAUAGUGCACUACUUUUGACCAGAGCCCUAUAGAACCCUAUUCCCUAUAUAGUGCACUACUUUUGACCAGAGCCCUAUAGAACCCUAUUCCCUAUAUAGUGCACUACUUUUGACCAGAGUCCUAUAGAACCCUAUUCCCUAUAUAGUGCACUACUUUUGACCAGAGCCCUAUGGAACCCUAUUUCCUAUAUAGUGCACUACUUUAGACCAGAGCCCUAUGGAACCCUAUUCCCUAUAUAGUGCACUACUUUAGACCAGAGCCCUAUUGGGUUAAUUAUUGAAGUAGGGUGCCAUUUGUGAUGAAACUAUUGUUCCCUCCAAGCGGUUUGUGGUUUAUGUCAAGUUGAGACUGUUCUGUGUGUUAGAACUCAUAGUUUGGAUACUGUUAACUGUUUUCUGUGUGUUAGAACUCAUAGUUUGGAUACUGUUAACUGUUUUCUGUGUUAGAACUCAUAGUUUGGAUACUGUUAAGUGUCAAGGAUCAUGUGACUCUAAACAAAGCAUUCAUAAAUAGAAACAUGUCCUGUUAUCUUAAAGAUAUGCUUCCAUUCUCUUUGUCUAUGAUGGAAUUGUAUUCAAUAUGACGGUUUCCAGGACGCAGAUUUAAUCUAGUCCUGGAAUUAAAAGCAUUUUCUGUUUCUGUUAA